AUGAAGCUGAUUACUCAAGAGUCAGGAGUAGAAACAUGUUUGGAACUGGUUGGACUAUCUGCUCAACGCAUUGCUAGUGCCAAGCUAGCUGUAUGGCAGUCGAUUGACCUACAGUUAUGGAUACGAUACACCCGAUCAGAUGGAGUCAUACGCAAGUUUAGACUAUCAAUCGAUUCAGAUACCACAUUUCGAUCGUGUCUGGCGGUACUCUCACGAUUUAUGGACAUUAAAGCAACUCAUGCAACCUCUGCAUUGCUGCAACUAUCUACUCCGCUUCCCUGUAUUCAUCAACCCUCUUCUUCAUCAACUGUUAUUUCAGAUACUGGUCAAACAGUCCCGUUUGAUGCCUAUCUACCCAUUUCGUCAACUCAAUCCUCAUCAUCCUUGAUGUACCCACUAGACCUACACCAUGCUUUAUACGAUCUGCACAAUAUUCCUGAAAGUAUACUCAAAGAGUGCUGGUCUAAACUGGCUGGUAUGAGCAAUCAGCAGUUACGCCAGAUUCCAUGGCUCAAAAAUACUAAUAUGGAUAUGUGGGCUAAACGAGUAGAACAUGAACUCAGACUGGCGACCCUUGAUGAAUAA